UUCAUACUUCUUUCUGUUAAUUAUUCUCAUCUUAAACAGGACAGAGUGUCCAGACAUACAGUGAAACUUGUGACGCUAUUAUAAAGAUGACGUUUAUUAAAAAGGAGAGUGAAGACAUGAAGAUUGAAGAAGUAUUCAGUUUGAAACAAGAAGAUACUGAGGAGCAAACAGAUCUGAUGGGACUGAAAGAGGAGAGUGAAGUACUGAAUGAAAUGAAAGAUCAUGAUCUGAUAACUGGAGAAAAAUCUUCUAGUGGCUCACAGACUGAAAAUACUACCUCUCUAAAAAAUGUUAGAAGAAAAGGAAGUUUUUUCACCUGCUUUCAGUGUGGAAAGAGUUUCAGUCACCAUGAAAACCUUAAAGUCCACAUGAGAAUUCACAAUGGAGAAAAGCCCUACACCUGCCAACACUGUGGAAAGAGUUUCUCUGAAAAUGGAAGCCUUAAAAUUCACACGAGACUUCACACAGGAGAGAAGCCUUACACUUGUGAUCAGUGUGGAAAGAGUUUCCGACAAAAUGCGGCCCUUAAAUACCACAUAAAAACUCAUACCGGAGAGAAGCCUUACACCUGCAAACUGUGUGGAAAUAGUUUUAUAGCAGAACCAAGCUUUAGGUGUCACAUGCACAUUCAUACUGGAGGGAAGACUUUCACGUGUGAUCAGUGUGGAAAGAGUUUUACACGUAAAGUAACCCUUAAUUCCCACAUGAGAAUUCACUCAAGAGAUUUUACAUGCCGUCAGUGUGGCAUGAUUUUUACAUGUAAAAAAUCCUUUGAUUCCCAUAUGAGAGUUCACACUGGAGAGAAGCCUUACACCUGCAAACUGUGUGGGAAGAUCUUCUCACAAAAAGGAUAUAUUACGAGUCACAUGAGAAUUCACACUGGAGAAAAGCCUUACACGUGUGAUCAGUGUGGAAAGAGUUUCAGACAAAAAGUAACCCUUAAUAAACAUGUGAGGAUUCACUUAAGAGAGAACCAUUUAACGUCAUCAGUGUAAACAGAAUUCCACAGACAACAAAAAUGUUCAGUUCAUUGAGAGUUGAGAGUUCACACUGGAGAGAAGCCUUUUACAUGUCUUGUACAGUGUGGAAAGAGUUUGAUAAAUCAAAGAGACUUGAUUUUGCGAAGUCAUUCUGGGAGAAAAAGAUGUGUGUGAUGAUGAGGUUUAGAAUAAGGAUCAAUUUCAAACAUCACCUGCUUCAUUCCCUCUGGUUGAAGGCAAUUUAAUUGUGAUCAAUUUAAUACAAAAUGUAUUUUGCCUUUACACUUACUACACGGAUACACUUGAAAAGUCACACAGAUGUGAGAGCCUAUUUGUGUUCCUUGUGUGGGAAGAGUUUUAAAUGGCUCGGCAGUGUAAAAUGGCACCAGAAAAUACGUGUUUGUAAAUAAAGGGUACGUACACACCACAGAUGAAUGGGAGCUAAAUCUUAUUUCCCCCUUGUGAGAUUACAAAUUUUAUUAACAUGUUUAAUUUAAUGAUUUAAAUGGAGAAAGUCUCUAAAUCUCUGAAAACAGUAGGAAUUCACAGUGUGACCCUCCUGACUGUCCUGUGACCACACGAGAAAGCAAUGCCUUUCCUGUUUCUUGUCUCACCGUGUGAAAAUGCCUGUUUGAAGUUUGAACACCUGCUAUGUUAAUUUCUGAGACCAUUUGCCUUGGAGCUCCAGGGUCACAUGCAUUACCAUUUGCUUUGUUUCAGUGUCUCCAGCUCCAUGUAAUCUCUCCCUCUUUGAAAUGUAUUCGAUGAAAUUAGAAUGUAAGGUUCUUUUAAAUCAGACGAUGUUGGCAUGACUGCAGCUACGAGCAAUAAAGAACUUCUGCUUGGAAAACGUC